GUUCUUCUCCCGUCUCAUUUAAUUGCCAUACAAGUUGCAAAUAUACCCUUGACUUACUCGAGCAAAUUGACCGUCAGGAAAGACCUCAAGAUACGCACAGGAAAUUAAUCUAUAAGAUAAAUACGUCUGUAGAUUACGUCGAAAAAUAAUUAUCUCAAACAAUUGACGCAAGUAUUUUUUUUAUUACUCAUAUCUGUCAUAAUUAAUUCAAAUUCAAAUUACUGUCCGUUUGAUUCAGGUUUUUUUACAUGAAGAAACAAAUUGGUGAUAGUUCGAGAAGUCAAGAAACUUGGGAUCAUUAUCGUGAUUACCAAAUAUAUAUACUUGUUCUAUAUAUAUGUAUAUGGAGAGAUAUAUAAAUGUAUUAAAUUAUUUAAACAUUUAUAUUCCGAGUCUCAUGAUUCUUUUCUUUCUCUCUGAUAGCCGGUGUAUUUUCGGCCUCGAGCCAACUUUAUGUUUUAUAGCGAAGAACGUGCGUCAUUAUUAAAGAAAUAGUCGAGGUCACUGAGAUUCAAACUUAUCGCGUUACACUUUGCCGAUCCAUAGAUUACAGCUAGCAAACCAACGUGACUCAUAUAUAAGUAUAAAUAUAAAUUUUUUUAAUAAUAUCCUAAAAAAUAAAAUUCCUGAAAUGGCUGAGGUUCGUCAGCUCCAAGUGGGGGAGGUUCGCAGUAAAAAAUCAUGAUGAUAAAUCAAGCGAACUAAUUGCCAGCUGACGUAGGUACGGUUCCAGGUUCAAUACCUACAGGACCCAACAAAUUAUUGUGGAUUAAUUUCGGAAACCGGGAGAUGACGUAUAAUUUUGUUACGGUCCUGGUUGACGUCACUCUAUGACGUCAAUUCAUCGCCUCCUUCAUUCGUUAUUUCGAGUAUGUGUGCAUGUGUAAAUAAAUACUUAGAACUGAAGUAGGGAGAUCAGCUGAUAGACACGUGUCAAACUGUCGACAGAUAGUGUCUUUUCCUUGGACUAAAUAAAAUCAGUAAAAUGUCGAAGGAUAAUUUACUUCCGUAUUAUGCUGCUGGGAAAAUUGUUAAAGGAUUUGGAAGAGGUUCAAAAGCUCUUGGUAUUCCUACAGCAAAUUUUCCUGAAGAAGUAGUUGCUCAAUUACCGGAAGGAUUUAAUACUGGAAUUUAUUACGGUUGGGCAGCACUUGAGGGUAAAAUUUAUAAAAUGGUUAUGAGUAUAGGGUGGAAUCCAUUCUAUCAGAAUGAAAAAAAAUCAAUGGAGGUUCAUAUCCUACAUAAAUUUUCAAAUGAUUUACAUGGGAAAGAACUGAAAGUUGUUAUUACUGGUUUUGUAAGACCGGAAGCUAAUUUCGAUUCCGUUGACGCUCUAAUAGCAGCGAUCAAUAAUGAUAUAAAAAUCGCAGAUGAACGAUUGGAUGAUCCAAAGAUGCUGGAAUUCAAAUCAUCGGAAUUUUUAACAAAUUCCUGAAAUUAAUUACAUUAUGACCUAUAGAUAAUUAUAAUUAAUAUUAUUAUUAUAUAUACAGGCACUAGAGGACCACAAUUAUAUUUUAUAUGAAAGAAAGUAUUU